AGAUGUAUUUUACUUUGAUCUUCCGACGUCUGACACGCAACACGAUAAUGAUAGUUCGUUUCCUGUUAUACUUUUUAUUAAUGAACGUCCAGGCGGUGGGUACUUACUGACACGCAAUCUUUUAUGUACUUUCUAUUGAAUAAAAUCUAAUUAAACAGAAGGCUAUUUUUUAUACCUUAUUUAUACCUACUAUUAAUUGAACUACUGAUCGCAAUGUAUUUAUAAAUUCAAGGAAACAGAUAAAAAGAUACAUUAAAUUGCUGCUUUCCCAAUUAAUCUUCCACCGAUUAAAAUAGCAAAAUGCAAAUACAAAUGCGAGAAGAAUUCAAAGAAAUUUUUCCUUUAAAAAAAUACUAUAAAUGAAUCAAAGGCAGGAACGAAAGUUUCGUUUCAAACAUUUUUCGCUUCAACAGAUAUGAAACUGGUGAAAGUAUUGCGGUCCUGAGUUUUAUUUGUUUAAUCGAUACGUACCUAAGUGUACCUAAGUCAGGGAACGACGCGAAGUCGAAUAGUUUACUUUAUUUAUCGUAAGAAAUGUAAUUUUGAUCAGGAAACAUGGAUAGAAGCAAUAAGCACAAAGCGAGCGAAGAAGUGAGCGAAGAUUUGUCAAAGAAAUCGAAAGCCAGCUUCGAAUCGUUUGCCGCGUACGACGUUUAUCCUAACAUCGCGAGCAGACUCUGCCUGAAACCUUCACGCACUUAUAAAAUAGGAAAAGAUGAAGUACCGUUUUUUAUACCGCAUAAGAAACUCCUUGAAAAGAUCGAAUACAAGCCGGAAAUUCGGGAGCCGCUGACCGGGUUUAGUGCACAACAAGAAAAAAUUAGGAAACAAGUGUGCAAACCAUGCAUUCCGUUGAAAAUGGAAGAAGAAACGUUGCCGGUGAAGGAAGUGCCGAAAACAGACACAAGUUGCAUUCCUAUUCUUUCAGAUUCUCAGGCUGAGAAGAAACCGUGGCAGUUUAAGAAGUACAAGAAGAAAAAAGAUUUGGACACUCCGCCGCUCGUCGAUCAAUUAGAAUUGAUUCAGAAAUUAAGGGAGGACCCUAGUAUAGGAUUUUUUUAUAUGAUAUACGCAGUGGAACGAUCCUCGAAAUAUUUUACCCCUUACGCAUUAAAGAUUGUUCAGUAUAAAGAUUUAGGUGAGAAUUAUAUGACUAUCAGUGCCAGUGGUGUGACCCAGUACAGUCCAGACGAAAUGAGUUUCACUCCUAUCGAGCAAUGGGAGAAGGAAUACGUGUUUUACUUAAAAUUAUUGCAAAUAAGGACAUUCGUCGUGUUCCAAUUGUGGAAAGCUUUCUAUGUUUGGACGAAGUCGGUUAAGUAUAAGAAGUUUGUGAGGGCGAAGAAUUAUUUAGAGGAGAAUCUGUUCAUAUCGGACCCGAUUCUCAGUAAAGCGUUGUUAGAAAUAAAGUCGAUGUGCUCGGUCUUCCUUGACUCUAGCUUCUUCGACAAUACGGUUCUCGAGAAACUGUUACUCUUUUACUUUGUAGAAAAAGAGUUUGCGAAACUGGAAUUUAUUAGAAGUAAGCUAGAUGAAUUUCGGAGAUUAGCGGUAGAUAUAGUUAAUAAUGCCUGCCUCGGUGCUCUGUUAAGAGCCGGAUACACUCCCGACGAUUCGAAUAUAACUGUAGAGCAAACUGCGUAUGGAAAAUUAGGAGAAUUCGGCGUUGUGAAAUUCAAAAUGCCGAAAGACGGCAUUCUUAAAAUGAGUUACAUCGAGCAAGCUCGGAAAAGAGAAAAGUGUUACAGACUAUCUUGCUUUAUACACCUAAUCGAUUACAUGCAAACGAACAUGAUGCAUGGCCUGCUAUUAAACACGUAUCGCGAGUACUUGCAAGCAUUAAAGAUUCAUACAGAAUUCUUACCAGACGAGGAGUCGAUCGACAACGAUGUAAUCGACAUGCCUCUGAAAGAAAAUCGACCAGCGUCGCAUCGCGUUCAGUUACCAUACUUUGUGGUGGACUUAUUAAUCACGCCGACUGCGGAGAUCGUCAUGGACCCGUUGGAAAGUAUCUUUCGCUUCGUGAUACAAACUAUAAAAAACAUGUGGGAGGAGAAUUUGUACGCUAUUAAGCCUUUGCUCUCGGAUCCUUUCUUCCAUUCUUUCACCAGGCCCAUGAUAAAUCACAAAAUAGAGGAGCGGAUCUGCGGGAAUCCCCCAAAGGUUCAGGACAUCAUCAAACAGGACCCCUUUACCAUAGAGAUCAAAGCGGAAGUGGAAGAAAUGUUGAACAAGAAUUUCGACGCUGUGACUCGAUACUGUCGACGUUUCGAUGGGAUCAGACAGUUUUAUCACGAGGACAUGGACUUUGACGAGGAUAUCAUUCGCGAUAAUAGGGAUUGUAAAUUGUUCCGGGAGUGGAGCAUUCGUUACAUGAACGAGCUGGACGUGAUACAGAAAGUGAUCGACGCCCAGCCGUUCGGACUCUUCCUGAUUCAACUCGAGAGAUUCAAGAACGCUGCUGAGAUCGCUCCCAGAGGGAAACUGGGAGUGAUCGAAGCUGUCAUGCCAGGAAUCGGGAAAAGCAGAGUGGAUGCUUUGUUAACGCAAGCGAUUAAUGCUAUCAAUUAUCUCGAAACUAUUCCUGUGACCACAGAAGAGUACGUCGCGUACAUAAAGUUCGUGGAUAAAGCUCAAGCGAGCGUGGACGAUAUGGAAGGCCAGUUAGACUAUGUAAAAGAAUUGUAUGACACGAUGGAGGAAUUCGCUUUUCCUAUACCGUCCAUGGACAUGGCUAACUAUUUAGGUAUAGGAAGUCAUUUUACUAGCUUACGUUUAGUCGUAGAGAACAGACUGGAAGAGAGGCCGAAGUUGAUUAACAGAUUUAAUUCUCAGCUCCAAAGAGAUAUCACAGCAUUGAACGAAUUAAUAUCAGAGAUUCACGAUGAAAUAACGCAACCUUGGUUACUGAACCCGGAAAGCGACCCUGACGCUUGCCUGAACACUCUGAAGGAGCUCAAUAGACGAUUAGGCGCCUGUGCUGCUGAGGCAGAAGAGUGCCGAGCGCAUCAAAGAUCAUUUAAACUCGAACAGACGAGGUUCGAUAUUUUGGACCAAGUAAUGAACGAAUUGAAAUUACGAACUCUUUUAUGGGAGAGCCUGACUUCUUGGGAGCAAACAGUGUACGAGUGGUACAGCGCCGAUUUCGAUACGUUGGACGUUGAAGAGAUCACCGGUUUUACGAUGCGAACGAUGAAGAAUAUUAUUCAAUUAGAGAGGGGCUUGCCUUCGAACAAAAUCGUACCCGUUUUGAGAGAGAGCGUCGAGUCCAUUAGGAACAAACUGUCUGUCCUCGGUUAUCUCAGAAAUCCGGAUUUGAGGGACAGACACUGGAAGAGGAUUGAGAAAAUAUUGAAUUACACUUUCAAGCCUGACGAGAAGAAAACUUGGGCUCGGAUGGAGCAGCUCGGCGCGUUCUUCCAGGGCGACGAGUUAAUGGAAGUCGCAGCGGCGGCUAGCUCCGAAGCUAACUUGGAGCACAUGUUGAAGAAAGUGGUGCACACGUGGGAGGGCUUGGAGUUUAUUGUCAUACCCUACAAAGAAGGGAAAGACGUUUUCAUCCUCGGUUCGCUCGAGGAAAUUCAGGUUGCGAUGGACGAGAGCAAUAUUAAUUUACAAACGAUCAACGCGUCCCGUCACGUCGGGCCUAUUCGACCUGUGGUCGAAGAAUGGGUACAAAAACUGGACUUGUUCACCGCUACUCUGGAAGCGUGGCAAUACUUGCAACAAAACUGGUUGUAUCUCGAAGCGAUAUUCUCAGCCCCGGAUAUCCAACGACAGCUUCCCAUGGAAGCGAAGCUGUUCAUAGACGUCGAUAAGUUUUGGAAGGAUCUCAUGAGACGAACUCAUAAGUCCGCUUUGGCUAUGCCUACUUGUACGCAACCAGGCUUGCUAGAGCAGAUCGAAGAGAACAACGCGAUGCUAGACGAAGUGAUGAAAUGCUUGGAAGCAUACCUCGAAACGAAACGAAUAGCAUUCCCACGAUUCUUUUUCUUAUCUAACGACGAGCUGCUAGAAAUCCUCGCUCAGACGAAGAAUCCGCACGCGGUGCAAAGACACCUGCAGAAGUGCUUCGACGCGAUAUUCAGAUUGGAAUUCGCCAAGAAGGUGAGCGACACCGAUGAAGAGGUCGAAAUACUGACGACGGAUAUCAUUGCUAUGAUCUCUCCGGAGGGUGAGAAAGUUCCUUUGGGUAAAGGAUUGAAGGCCAGAGGCAACGUCGAGGAUUGGCUGGGUCGAGUCGAAGAAGCGAUGUUCUCGACGUUGAGGAGGAGGAUGAAAGCAGGAAUAAAAGACUUUGCUGAUAAAGGCCGGGGACACUUUUUAUACAUGCAUCCUUCCCAGAUAGUCCUUGCUGUAUGCCAGAUAUUUUGGACCCGAAAUAUCCACCAUAUCUUAGACUCCGGUGAAGGUGUCUUGACGAAAAUGAAAGCGUUCGAACAAAAAUGUUUCGCGGAUCUGAACGAGUUGGCGGUCAUGGUAAGAGGCGAACUGCCGAGAUUGAUACGUGAAGUAAUAACUAACGUGGUAACAAUAGACGUGCACGCGAGGGAUAUCGUUACGACUAUGGUCGAGAACAAAGUUGUAUCCAGUACGAGCUUCGAUUGGCUAAAAGCGUUGCGUUAUUAUUGGGACGAAGAAGCUGAGGCCUGUUUAGUCCGUAUGAGCAACGCGGAAUAUCUUUACGGUUACGAAUACCUCGGAGCUCAGAGGAGGCUCGUGAUAACUCCUCUCACGGAUAAAUGUUAUCUAUGUCUCAUGGGAGCUCUUCAAUUAGACUUGGGCGGUGCACCUGCGGGUCCUGCAGGCACCGGCAAGACGGAGACUACCAAGGAUCUAGCAAAGGCGGUCGCCGUCCAAUGCGUCGUGUUUAACUGCUCCGAAGGACUCGAUUACAGAAUGAUGGGUAGGUUCUUCUCUGGCUUGGCGACUUCUGGCGCCUGGUGUUGCUUCGACGAAUUCAACAGAAUAGACAUAGAAGUCCUUUCCGUGAUUGCUCAACAAUUGAUUACGAUUAGGAACGCGAAAAUUGCCAGAGCAUCCAAAUUCAUGUUCGAAGGAAGAAUGAUUAAAUUAGUCAUGUCUUGCUCAACGUUUAUCACUAUGAAUCCUGGAUACGCCGGUCGCACGGAACUGCCUGAUAAUUUAAAAGCACUGUUCCGACCAUUCUCUAUGAUGGUACCAGAUUAUAAACUGAUUGCCGAAGUCACGUUAUAUUCGGAAGGUUUCGAGUCAUCGAAGCCGCUGUCACAAAAAAUGACCUUGAUGUACCAGCUUAGCAGCGAGCAACUUUCGCAGCAAGACCACUACGAUUUUGGAAUGAGAGCCGUAAAAAGCGUGCUGGUAAUGGCAGGCAGUCUGAAACGAAACAAUCCCGACAAACCGGAAGACGUCGUCUUAAUUCGAGCCUUACGAGAGAGCAAUAUACCUAAAUUUCUGCGCGAUGAUACUGAAUUGUUCGAAGGCAUCGUGGGAGAUCUGUUCCCAGGCAUUCAAAUUCCUGAAGAGGAUUACGGCAUUCUAAGCGACACAGCUCUUGCGGCUAUGGAAGAUAAAGGCUUGCAACGAGAAGGCUGUAUCUUGAAGAAAGUUACUCAGCUACACGAAUGCUUGCAAGUGAGGCACGGAGUAAUGUUAGUGGGCCCUACUGGCUCAGGGAAGACUACGGUUCUUCAAACUCUGGCUACGACUUAUAAUCGCCUUCACGAAAUGGGAGUACCAGGCUCGGUCUACCAGCCCGUUCACACGUACGUGAUAAACCCGAAAGCUGUUACAAUCGGUGAACUAUACGGGCAGGUGGACAUAAUGACCAACGAGUGGCACGACGGAUUAAUCGGUUUUACAGUUCGGCACGCGUGCUCUUUUACAACGGAAGAUCAUCAGUGGAUCAUAUGCGAUGGUCCAGUCGAUGCUGUGUGGAUAGAAAAUAUGAACACCGUUUUGGACGAUAAUAAAAUGUUAUGCCUCGCCAACUCUGAGAGAAUCAAGUUCACUCCUUAUAUGAGGAUGCUGUUCGAAGUUAUGGACCUCGCACAGGCAUCGCCUGCCACCGUCAGUCGUUGUGGAAUGGUGUACGUGGACCCUAUGGAGUUGAAGUGGAUGCCUUAUGUGAAAUCAUGGAUACAGAAGAUCCCUGAUACUAUUCUUAAGGAUGAGCAUCGAACGCAGUUCAUUGAACUUUUCGCCAAGUAUUUCGAAGAUGGUUUACUCUUCAGUAAACGAACCUGCUACUCCCCGAUUGCUCAGGUGGAUAUCAGUAAAGCAAAUAUGACUUGUGCGAUACUCGAGUACAUUUUGAACGAACCAGAAGCGAUUGAGAAAACCACGGAGAAACUUCGAAUCAGAACGUUCUUGACUCAGUCCUUCGUCUUCGCUUAUAUUUGGGCUGUGGGUGGCAAUCUCUCUGACAGUUCUCGCGUCGAUUUCGAAGUUUUCGUGAGGAAGCAGUUCGAAGGCGACGAGGAGGCACUACUGCCAUCGGUAGACUUGUGGGACAUUUACAUAAACGUACCCUCGCAUCGGUUGGAUAUAUGGGCAGAUAUCAUGCCUGAAUUCAGAUACGACAGCGAAGUACCCUUCUUCGAUAUCCUCGUGCCAACAGUGGACACUGUUCGAUUCGGAUACUUGAUGAAAAAGUUGGUGGAAAUUAAUAAGCCUGUAUUCUUCACCGGCGAUACCGGAGUUGGGAAAUCAGUUAUAACGAAAGUAGUCUUGAAAGAUUUGGAAGACACUCAAUUGUGGGUGCCGAUCAACUUGAUCUUCUCUGCUCAGACGAGCAGUGGCAGGACUCAGGAGAUUUUAGAACUCAAGUUAGAGAAAAGGAAGAGAACUGUCUUGGGGGCACCGAUUGGAAAACGUGUCUGCGUUUUCGUUGACGAUGUCAAUAUGCCCAAGUUGGACACUUAUGGAUCUCAACCGCCUAUCGAACUCUUGCGACAAUUGUUGGACUUUAACGGAAUGUACGAUAGAGAAAAGUUAUUCUGGAAGGCAAUAGAAGACGUCGUUUUUGCAGUGGCAUGCGCUCCUCCAGGAGGAGGUAGGAACCCCCUGACGCCAAGAUUCGUGAGGCACUUUGCCAUGCUGCUCAUCCCAGCACCUACCGAAUUGUCCCUCAAAGGAAUCUUCAAAGCGAUCAUGAAUGGGUUCCUAGAAGAUUUUGUGGAGUCUGUAAAAAUGAUCGGAGACAGAAUAGUGGAUGCGACCGUCGACGUUUACCAAAGGAUCGCGACGGAUCUUCUACCGACUCCGGAGAAGAGUCAUUAUAUUUUUAAUUUAAGAGAUCUAUCUAAAUGUAUUCAAGGUAUCAUGCAAGUCGAUGCCACGGUCGUGAAGCAACCGACAGAAAUGCACAGGCUCUUUUAUCACGAGUGUCUACGAGUUUUUCAUGACCGACUGAUCAACGUCCAGGACAAGACCUAUUUUUAUAGGCUAUUGAAUAACAUAUGCGUCGGUACGUUUGCUACGGAGGUGGUGCGACUUCCGGACGAAAAGAUCAUCGAAAAACCGCCGUUACUACUAUUUGGCGAUUUCAUGGCUUUUGGAGCGGCGAGGGAGCAACGCAUUUAUGAAGAGCUCACAGAUAUCCCAAAAGUCAAGGGAACAUUGGAGGAUUAUUUGGAAGAUUAUCGAUUUUCCGUGGGAAGAGAUAUGAAAAUAAUCUUCUUUAUGGACGCUAUAGAACACGUUUGCAGACUCGCGAGAAUACUCCGUUCCGAGAGAGGCAACGGUCUUCUGGUCGGCGUCGGUGGGAUGGGAAAACAGAGUUUAACGAAGCUCGCGUCUCAUUUAAAUGGUUACAAGUGUUACCAAAUCGAAGUUACCCGUACGUACGAUAAAAAUUCGUGGCACGAAGAUCUACGCCGCUUCUACUUUGACCCAGGCACCGCUGCCAAGCACACGACGUUUCUAUUCACGGACACUCAAAUCGUGCAAGAAGAAUUCUUGGAAGAUAUAAAUAAUACACUUAAUACCGGUGAAGUGCCGAACUUGUACGAAGCCGAUGAACUCGAGAAAGUCAUCAUAGGUACAAGACCCGCGGCGAAGGAAAUUGGAAUUCACGAAGGGAACAGAGAUGCGAUUUAUCAGUUCUUCAUUGGAAGGGUCAGAAAUCAUCUUCAUUUGAUGAUUUGCAUGAGCCCUAUAGGCGAUGCUUUCAGGCAUCGUUGUCGCAUGUUCCCAUCGUUGGUCAACUGUUGCACCAUCGAUUGGUUUACGACGUGGCCAAAGGACGCCCUGUUAUCAGUGGCAGAAACCUCGUUGCUCCCAAUCACUCCAGGGGAUCCAGGAAAGCUUGCUGGACUAAGCGCAAUUUGCGUUUUUAUCCAUGAGACUGUGGAGGAGGUGACUGCUAGAUUCUUCAUAGAGAUGCGCCGAAGAUAUUAUACGACACCCAGCAGUUACUUGGAGCUAUUGAAGCUGUUCCAAAUGACUUUAGGAAAGAGAAGGGAGGGUAUAGAAAUGUUGAAGCGUAAAAUUGCCAAUGGUCUCAAUAAACUGCGAGAGACCAAUGAGAUGGUCACAGUGAUGAAAGAACAAUUGACCGUUCUUGCACCGAAAUUGAAAACGAGUACAGACGAAGUAGCGCAGCUAGUAAAAGUGAUUGCGAAGCAACAAAUAGAGAGCGAUAAAGUGAAAUACACCGUAACAGCCGAAGAAGCUGCGGCAACGGAAAAAGCUGAAGAAACAGGGAUUCUAGAAGCUGACGCUAGAAAGGACUUGGAAGCAGCGAUGCCUGCUUUGCUGGAGGCUCAGAAAGCCUUGGAGGCUUUGAACAAGGACGACAUUAACGAGAUUCGCGUGUUCGCCAGGCCACCGCACUUGGUGCGUUUCGUCAUGGAAGCUGUGAAUCUGCUAUUAGGUGAAAAAACGGAUUGGAAUUCGGCGAGGCUGGUUCUUGGCGAUAUACACUUUCUCGAUCGUUUGUACACUUACCCCAAAGACGAGAUCAGUGAUAAGCUUUUAGAAAAGUUACAAGCGUACAUCGACCAUCCGGAAUUCAAGCCAGAAUUAGUAGCCAGACAAAGUAAAGCUUGUAAAUCAAUGUGCAUCUGGGUCAGAGCUAUAGACGGAUACGCUAAAAUCUACAGAGUCGUCGAGCCGAAGCGUCAAAGACUGCAAAAAGCUGCGGCGGAAUUGAAGCAGAUAGAGGACGUCGUUCGACAGAAGCGGGAGGAGCUGAUCGAGGUGGAGAACAAGAUCAAAAAGUUGCAGAAGCAAUACGACACGGCUAUGGAGAAUUUGAGUAAAUUGCAAGCCAAGAUGGAAUUGGCAGAGACGAGAUUGAACAGAUCGGGUCGAUUAACGUCGGCGUUGGUGGACGAACGGAUCCGAUGGGAGGAAAUGACGCGAGGAUUCGAUAAGCAAAUUUUUAAUUUGACCGGCGAUACUCUGGUAGCCGCUGGAGCACUCGCUUACUUGGGUGCUUUUACAAACGAGUACAGGGAAGAACUGAUACAGGCCUGGCUAGCCAGCUGCAAACAAUACAAUAUAACUACCACUGAAAACUAUAGUAUUAUCACGAUAUUAGCUGAUCCUUAUGAGAUCCGUUUAUGGAACACGUACGGUCUGCCUCGAGACAAAGUCAGCACCGAGAACGCGAUCUUCGUCACCCAGGCCAGUCGUUGGCCUUUGAUGAUCGACCCUCAAGAACAAGCGAAUAGAUGGAUACGGAACAUGGAACAAGAUAACAAUCUAAAGAUAUGCAAAUUAACGGAUGUGAAUUUAAUGAGGAUAUUGGAAGCGUCUAUAAGAUUAGGAGCUCCUGUGCUGCUUCAGGAAGUUGGCGAAGUUCUAGAUCCGAGCUUAGAACCGAUUUUACUCAAACAACUUUUCGUUCUUGGAGGUCGAACGUUGAUACGUUUCGGUGACACAGACGUCGAGUACGAUGACGACUUUAGACUGUACAUCACAACCAAGAUCGCAAAUCCUCAUUACCUGCCAGAGGUCUGUAUCAAAGUAACGAUAGUCAACUUUACCGUGACUCUAGGAGGCCUCGAGGAGCAACUACUCGCAGAUGUUGUACGUCUCGAGAGGCCGGAUCUGGAGACAAUGAGGAACGAUUUGAUAAUGAAAAUCAAUGCAGAUAAAGGACAAUUGCAAAAUAUCGAAGACAGAAUACUGACCUUGUUGUUCAGUUCAGGAGGUGAUAUUUUAGACAACGAGGAUUUAAUAGAAACGUUGAACGACAGCAAAGAAACAUCUGCUAUCAUCGCGACGAGGUUGAUUGAAAGUGAAGCUACUGAGCAAAAGAUAUCAGAGGCACGUGAGAAAUAUCGUUCUGUAGCGAACAGAGGAUCGGUGUUAUACUUUAUAGUGGCGGAUCUCGCGAACAUAGAUCCUAUGUAUCAAUUUUCGUUAAAAUAUUUCAAUCAGAUAUUUAACGUGGUGAUCGAAACCACCGAGAAGGAGGAUAACUUGCAGAAACGUUUGCAGUCAUUAAUAAGUGAAAUAACGUUAGCUGUUUAUACGAACGUUUCUCGAGGCUUAUUUGAAAAACAUAAAUUGGUGUAUAGCUUUAUGCUCAAUAUUGCUAUACAUAUGAAUAACAAGAUCGUAACUAACACACAGUGGAAUUUUAUGCUGCGAGGACCUUCGCAUAUCAUUGUAGAAGAGAUGCCGGAUUAUCCUACUUUAACAAAUCACAUGUGGCUCUCUGUAAAUUACUUGGCCAGAUCGUUCGAAAGCUUCAAACAUAUUCUAAACGACGUAUUUAAGAGAAUACCAAUAAAACUCGGAUAUUUCGAAGAAGAAAUCAAUGUGAUUCCUACGAACGAAACUUACGCUACGCGCGAAUGGGAUAAACUGUUGAGCGAUAUAGAAAAAUUAAUGCUGCUGAGAGCUUUGAAAGAGAAUCUAUUGAUUUUCGCGAUCACGGCUUACGUGGCGAAAAAUCUCGGUCAAAAAUUCGUCGAAUCGCCUAUGGCGUCACUACAGCUUUUGUUUGCGGACACGUCGAACAAGAUACCGCUGGUGUUUAUACUGACGACUGGAUCGGAUCCUUUCAGCGGGUUCUUAAAAUUCGCGCACGAUAUGGAAUUCACGGACAGAUACGAUUCGAUUUCUUUAGGACAAGGCCAGGGUCCCGUCGCGGAAGGUCACUUACGAAAUGGCACCGUCGAGGGCAGAUGGGUGUUUCUACAAAACUGCCACCUUGCCACUUCUUGGAUGAUCAAAAUGGAACAGCUCGUAUUAGAAAUCGCGGAAGAACCGGAAGGAGUGAUACACCCCGACUUCCGAUUGUUCCUAAGCUCGAUGCCCAGCAUCGCUUUCCCCGUUUCCGUUCUUCAAAAUUCCGUCAAAGUUACGAACGAACCGCCGAAAGGUUUAAAGGCUAAUAUUAAGAGAGCUUUGUACGAUUUAGAUGAAGAAUUCUUCGAGUAUCAUCAUUUGGAUGAUAAAUGGAGGAGAAUUAUAUUUGGCGUUUGUUUCUUCCACGCGAUCGUCCAAGAACGAAAAAAGUUCGGUCCUCUGGGAUGGAAUAUUCUCUACGAAUUUAAUGAUAGCGAUAGGGAAUGCUGUUUACUCAAUUUGAAACUGUUUUGCAUACACGAACACGUACCUUGGAAUGCACUGAUAUACACGACAGGUGAAAUAACUUACGGAGGUAGAGUCACGGACAACUGGGACUUGAGAUGUAUGAAGACGAUCUUGGAUAUUUUCUUCUCUCCGAAAACUUUGGCCCACGAUUAUGUCUAUUCACCGUCUGGCAGGUAUUACUGCCCGGCUUAUAAAACGUUGGAUCAGUACAAAGAUUUCGUAGAAGAUUUCUCGAUAAUCGAUGACCCCGAAGUGUUUGGAAUGCACGAAAACGCGAAUAUCAUUUAUCAGUUAAAAGAGGCGCAGUUUGUUCUGAACACUAUUUUGGAAGUACAACCGCAAGAAUCCGUGACCGAGGAAGGGAAAUCGAGGUCGGAAAUAGCGUACGAAAUAGCAGACAUGGUCAAGCGUAGGAUUGAACAGAAGAUAGAUCCUUUGAAAUGUAAUCCAGAGCAUAUGAUAAGAGAUUCGGCGGGUAGGCUUCCGUCAAUGACUACCGUGCUCGUUCACGAAGUCGAGAGAUAUAAUAUACUGUUGCAAAAGAUACACUCGUCAAUAGACAAGUUACAGAAAGCAAUUAAAGGUUUCGUCGUCAUGUCCGAAGAAUUGGAAAGCGUUUUCAUUGCUUUUAUUAAUAAUCAGGUACCACAAAUGUGGCAUAACGUGAACGUGUACCCGUCUUUAAAGACUUUAGGAAGUUGGAUAAGAAAUUUGGAGCUGAGAAUCGAUUUCAUUCAAGUAUGGUUUGUGGACGCGAAACCCAUUUCGUUCUGGAUCUCGGGAUUGUCUUUCCCUCAAGGAUUUCUAACCGGCAUGUUACAAACGUGCGCGAGAAAGUAUAAUACCCCGAUAGAUCAUUUGAAAUUGGACUUUAUCACUUCUGAAAUUGUUCUCGAUCAAGAUGAAAUUGAAAUAGAACACAAGAAAGCUGAACAGGAGGUGCCGGAGGUCUAUAAAGGUUUAAAAGUGCCGGAGGAUGGAGUUCUAAUACAUGGAUUGUACAUAGAUGCUGGUAGAUGGGAUUUUCAAACCAUGAUGUUGGUGGAUGCAAAUAUAGGUGAGAUGCAUCCGUCGCUACCAGUCAUGCACAUAAAUCCAGUAUUAGAACUGCCGGAAGAUGAUCCGAGAUACGUUUGCCCACUGUAUAAAACAGCAGUUAGAGCAGGUGUAUUAUCUACGACUGGGCACAGUACAAAUUUCGUUGUGCAAGUUUUACUACCGUCCGAACAACCACAGCCUUAUUGGAUUUUGAAGGGUACAGCUCUUUUAAUUGAAAUUAUAAACUAAAUUCAAGAAGUAGU